UGGCUUUAUAUCGCCCCGCUGCCCGCCCUCCUCGGACGCCCGGGCACAGGAGACGCCCGGGCAUGGCCUCCCGCGGGCGUGGACGGGCGAAGGGGGGAUGGAAGAGCCUGAAAUAAGAGGGUGUGAAGGGAACGUCUCGUCUCGUCCUGUGGCGUUUGUCCCUCUCUCGCAAAACGAAGCGAAACGGACAAGUUUUAUUUAUUUUUGUUUAUUCACGUUCAUUCCCUUUUUUUUUUUUCCUUUCUAUGUCAUUCGCUACGUUCUUGUUAUCUCCCUUCCUUUAUUAUUCACCCUGUCGCUGCGUUAGAAGAGAGAGAAAGGCGAAGAAAGGGAAAGAAAGAGAAGAAAACGAGAGAAAAUGGAGCGCGAUUUUCGAAUUUUCGAUGUUUUUUUUCCUCCGAAAUUCGUCUCAUUUUUAAUCUAUUCCCGAUUUAUUAUUAUUUCUAGGUUGCUUUUUAUGUCCAGGGGAUAUCCAUGUAGAGUGUAAUUGAGUUUAUUACCGAUUUAUUAUUAUUUCUGGGUUGUUUUUUUAUUACUCUGUCUCUAACUGAAUUGAAAACUUUUUUUGAAUGUAAGUAAGAUUUAAAUAACAAAUAGAUAUCAUAAAAGUAAAAAUUAACACUGCAUUGCUUAUUAAAUAGCGUAAUUAAAUAAGAGAGCAAAAUAACUAAUGCACAACUGAAGUCAAAUAGCCCUUUUAUAACAGAAAUAAGAAAAAAGAUAACAAAGAUAACAACAAUAACUUACAAAUAACAAAAAAUAAUCAACAAGUAACAGAAACAACUAAUAGUUGCUUGGAUAGACUUAUUAAGACAACUGCUUGUCUACGUGUCUCCCUGCCGUUGACGCUUCGGCAAAGACCAACAAACCUCCGCUUGUGUGUGCUGGACUGAUGCGAGAUGGACGGGAGUCAGUACUGCAUCCUGUGGAACAACUACCACGGUUCCCUGGUAAACACCCUCAGCGGCCUGCGACGAGAGGGCGACCUGGUGGAUGUGACAGUCGUGUGUGGAGAUGGAAACAAGGUCCGCGCGCACCAGCUGAUCCUGGCUGCGUGUUCAACAUACUUUCGGGAUUUCUUGAGAGACAAUCCAUCCAAGCAUCCCAUUGUCCUUUUGCCGAUGGAGAUCCGAUACCCGGAGCUGAAGGCCAUGGUGGAUUUCAUGUACACGGGUCAGGUCUGUGUCAACCAGGAGCGUCUCCAGGCAUUUAUCAGGGGGGCUAGAUAUCUUCGGAUUAAAGGCUUGGAGGACAAUGCAGAUGACAGUGAUAUGGAAGAUUUAGCCCCAGAUAUGGAAAAUGAUAAGCCAUCCCUGGGAGUUUCAACUGGUGUGUCUGUGUCGGUUGGAAGUGGUGGAGAGUCUGGAGCUACAACCACAGUGAAAGGAAGAAGGGUAAAGGACCACAGAUACACACAGCAUGUUGAACUUGGCGAUUCUGAUGAAAACCGCGAGAAAUGGGAAGUGGUCGACCGCAAGCCAGUGAUUCUCCCCCGUGCCCAGCCUCCACCUCCCCCAGGUUCAGGCAUGAGAAGGAGACGCAGAGCCAGAUCAGCACUCCGGAAAAGGGCCAUGCACCUGAGCAACCACAUCGUGUGUUAUGAGCAGCGGACAGACGGUUCUGACGGAGGACACGAGAGAUCAGAACCCAUCAACAAAAUAAGAAGAUUAGGUUCACCCGGGCAUUUCCACGACAAUGACUUAGAUAUCUGCACAUGUACGUCACGCAAAAUUUGGUCAGUGAGAGACACGGAAGCACUGCUCAGAGUCUGGCGAGAAACUCUCACACAGGUCCCACCAUCAUACUUCAUUCGGUCGAUGGCUCUUUGCAAGCGCGUAGCCAGGAGAUUGCAAGGGCGCGGCAUUCAGAAAAAUUGGCGUCAGUGCCAGCGACGGGAGUGGUACCAGAUGAGAGCAGAAGAGCGGCUAAAGGCAGAGGGCAGACUAGUGGAUGGAGAAGCAGCACCUGCCGAUAUCCUAGCCCAGGUUGCUGUCCUUGCCGACUCGGACUUGUGCGAUGAGGAUACAGAUGCCCAGGAGUGCGUGGCGGGAGAUGGGUUGGAAACAGAGGGAGAGGCUGGUGCUUUUACUGAGGGAGAAGGCUUCACUGAAGGCGAGGGAGGCUUCGAGGAGGAGGUCGACACACACACACACGUCGUACACACACAGGACGACACGGCAGUCCACCACAUUGUCGAGGACGUUACAUUACAAGUUGUUACAAAACAGGAACCUCAGUCUGGCACAGAGAUUUAAAUGUCUAAGAGAACCUGGGAAGGACAGAAUAAUGAGGCUACAGCUGGUCCCACAUUUUUGAGCAUUGGCACACUCAACGGGUGCACAGCAUUGAAUGUAUGUGUAUGUUCAUGUUCAUAGAGAGUUAUAAUAUCACUUUUUCAUAUAUGUUAGUUUUUUUCUUCCCUUUUUUCAUUAUCUUUUCUCUUUUUUUCUUAAUGAAAAUUACGAGAAUUAUUGAAGGGGGAUAGGACAAUUGUAUUUAUAUUUUUUAUGUACUGCUUCUAUAUCCCUUUAACGCAUAUUUUUCCUGAUAAAUGUACAAUUCUUUUUGUUUCAUAAAUUUAUGACCAUUCUAUUGUAUACUUUUCUGUCAGUGUCCUAUAUUUUGUCAUAAUCCACUAUUUGUAUUUCAUUCUUACGUUUUUUCCAUUUUGUGUAAUUUUUUGUACAUUGUUUUCAAAGCCAAAUAUAACAGUAUGGAAAGGAGUCAGCAGGAAGAAUAAGCAGUAUUUAGAAAGGACUAGUUGCAUUAUUUGAAAUUAAUCAUACUCAAGAGAUAUUGUUUUUUAUAGAUAUAUAUAUAAGUAAUAUAAAGCACAUACAAUUAUCAGCUUUAAAGGCAUGCAUAUAAAAGAAUGAUAUGUAUAGGUAUUGAGAAAAAGUUUGCAGCAAAGUUUUGAGGCAACUGCACUACUUUCAGAGAGCUUAAUAAUCAAUUUCUAAUUUCAGAAAUGUCAGAUUGUGUCUUUGAUAUCAGAUAUUACACUGGUGCAUUUGAAAGAAAAUGUAUAGAAUUGGUUGAAUUAUGUUAUCGUAUAUGGAGUGAGCUGGAAAAGAUAUUCCACAUCUGGUCAUGCAUUUAUCAUAUACUGUGAGUUAUGAUUUGAAAAUAUACAGAUCUCAUUCUU